AUGGCAACCACCGUCAAACUCCCUUUUUAUGCGACUGAUAUCCCUUCUCCUCUUCCUACAGAUGCUGAAAUCGAGGAUGCGCCAGAUAUAUCUCUGGUUUAUGGUGGACGACGAGUCGUUCAAGUUGGUCACCACUUUGUCGUGAAGUUUGGGAAAGGAGUCGACCUUAUGGAAGGCGAAAAUAUGUUGUUUGUUCGAGCGAAGACAAAGGUGCCCGUCCCUCGAGUCUUCGCACUAUAUUCGAACCCGGAGACCGGCAAAAAAUUCAUCGUUAUGGAGCGAAUUAUCGGCCAGACUCUUCUUUCAGUAUGGCCGCAAUUGUCUUCCCCAGAAAAAGAGUUAAUCUCCAACACACUACGGACUUAUUUCGACGAGUUACGCCAGCUUCCACCGCCAAAUUAUUAUGGAAGCAUCGACAAAAGGCAUCUCCUCGAUGAGAUCUUCUGGACACGGGAAGUGGACCCCUCAAUUAAUGGUCCAUUCGCUUCUGAAAUGGCCCUUAAUGAGGGAAUGGCACGGAAAUACAUCUACAACGGGGCGCCACAUUAUAGGGCUGAGUUCUACCGCCGCUGCUUCCCGCAUAUUCUUCGUGACCACAAGCCCACAUUCACUCAUGGUGACUUUCAAAGAAAGAAUAUCAUGAUCCAAAACGAACCGAAGACCGAUACAGCCAACGAUCCAAAACCGCGCCUUGUGAUCCUUGACUGGGAAAAGGCCGGUUGGUAUCCGAGUUAUUGGGAAUACUGUCUGGCUAUUUGUGCUUUACGGUAUGAUAAUGAUUGGUGUCUCUGGAUUGACAGAGUGUUGGAACCAUUUGUCGCUGAAGGUGCCUGGAUACAGGCAUUGCGCUUAGAAUUGUGGUCCUAGACAACAUGAAAGUGAAUAGCUA